AUGUGUACUAUAUAUAUUACUUCCAACGUACUCCCAAAGGGCACGCCACCAACCACUAUCAGAGCAACAAUGGAGUCGUCUGCUGAUUUGAACACCACCGAUGGCUACCAAAACAUCUUGAUGCUGCGUCACGGUGAUCGCAUUGACAGGAUCAACCCACUCUGGCCCGAUACAGCUUCGAGACCUUGGGACCCUCCUCUCGUUCAGGAUGGUUUGGUUCGUGCGUUUCAAACUGGUCAACGGAUCCGAUCUCAGAUCCAGUUUCCUAUCCACAGGGUGUUUGUCUCUCCUUUCAUCCGCUGCGUUCAGACCGCUUCAGAAGUUAUCGCCGCUCUCUCCGCCGUUGACUUAAACCCUCACGCUACGUCGUCUAAAGACGUUAUUUCCAUCGAUAAAUCUAAGCUCAAGGUGUCUAUCGAGUUUGGUUUGAGUGAGAUGCUGAACAGUAUGGCUAUUAGGCCUAAGGUUGCUCCAAAAGAUGGAAAAUUCGAUUUUAAGAUUUCAGAUCUUGAAGCUAUGUUUCCUGAGGGAAUGGUGGAUCGUGACGUAGAUCCUGUUUAUAAAGAGAUGCCACAAUGGGAAGAGACUGUAGAAGAAUGCACAGAACGGUUUCUUGGUUUGGUGAAGACUCUUGCUGAUAAGUACCCUUCAGAGAACUUGCUCUUAGUCACUCACGGGGAAGGAGUUAGGACUACAUUUGCAACCUAUAAAGACGUAGCUGUGUACGAGGUAGAGUAUUGUGCUUGUGCUGAACUGAGAAGACAGGUCUUGAGUCAAGAAGGGUCUACUAAAGCUGGAGACUUUGAAGUGAUUGGUCAAGCUGGAAUCAAGUACCAUUCGUUGAAAACCACAGCAGUACCAUGUGUGAAGUGGUAUUGAGUCAUGGUCAAGCUGGAAUCAAGUUUAGUCAUGAUCAUGUAUGAUCCCAACACCGGUUUAGUCAACUGCCAGUUAAAGUACUAUUUAGUUGUAUUUGAGUUGCUUUUGUAUGAACUAUGAAAUAUAUUUAUAAAGUUUGAUUCAGUCAAA